AAGGUCUCGCCCCCGGAUGUGUUUCUUUUGGAGAUGGCGGUACUUCCGGUUGCUGUUGCUGAUUGGUGUCCGGUGUGAAGUGUUGCCCCGGGCAGGGGCGGCAGAGAGAGAAUGAAUUACAUGCCUGGGACCGCUAGCCUCAUAGAGGAUAUAGACAAAAAACACUUGGUACUCCUUCGAGACGGUAGAACACUUAUUGGGUACCUGAGGAGCAUCGACCAGUUUGCUAACCUUGUGCUGCAUCAGACUGUGGAACGUAUCCACGUCGGGAAGAAAUAUGGCGACAUCCCAAGAGGAAUUUUUGUUGUCAGAGGAGAGAACGUGGUCCUACUUGGAGAGAUUGACCUGGAGAAGGAGAGCGACACCCCGUUACUCCAAGUGUCCAUCGAGGAAAUCUUAGAGGAGCAGCGCGUCGAACAACAAAGCAAACAGGAGGCCGAGAAGCUCAAAGUGCAGGCCCUGAAGGAACGGGGUCUGUCCAUUCCUCGGGCAGACACCCUGGACGAAUAUUAAACGCUCACCGUGGACAGUACAAUCAUGAAUAUUUCCGCACUUCUAGAAAUGUCCCAAAGUGGAUUCUCUUUUUUUUUGGUUAGUUGUAUCCUUGUUUGGACUUCUCUAUCGCGGCUGUACUACAGCAAAGAAUCAUGAUUUCUGUUUAUGAAACUCUAAGAUGCAGCUAGGAACGAUGCUAGCCCAGGAGCACUUAUUGCGGUGGAGCAAACAUGCAGGUAUGCUUGGGGCUGUGGAAAAAAACCACCAUUAAAACACUUUAUUUUGUCUGUUUUUA